AUGGAGCUCGAUGAGCAACACGUCGCGCGAUUCCUCCAACAGAAUCCCGCGUUUCUCGAGGAGUUUGUGACGUCCGACGCCGUCGAGAAUGAGACGUUCGAGCGAUGGAUGAUUCGACGCGGAAUGCGGCGGCGCAACGAGAAACGAAUCGGCGCUGCCGGUCUGCCGGGAGCGUGGAAUGAACCCGACUUGGCGGUAAAACGAAAUGUUAUUCUAGAAUGUGCAGAUAAUAGGAGUCGUCUGCUUUAUGAGAUAACACAAUGCUGCGGACAAAUUCUGGGGACCAACGAGCUCGAGCUGAUUGUUCAAAACGAUUUUGGCGCGUUUCUGUGCAAAAAAUCGGAAGAUGGAUCGUUGAAGUUGAAAAAGAUGAAAAAAGACCGAAAACCUCCACAACAUGCUCAGAUGAUUAUAAACGCUGGAAAUCAAACAAUUGGUGAAAUCCACUUCCACACGCCAUUGUCAAAUCAAGAAAAAGCAGUGGUGAACGCGAUUUGUACAUGGGCGGCAGCCGCCAAUUAUUUCGCCGAGCUUUAUGCGCAUUCGUCGCAAGCGAAAGAUGUCAACGAUGUUCAUGAGAAUAUUGCGAAGCAGCGGAAGUUGUCGAACUUUCUUCUCGACGUCGCUCGAUCGAUUUUUCAUGACAUCGUCUCAAUGGACGCGGUUAUCAUCAAAGUCAUGAAUUUUGCUCAAAAACUUGUUGACGCCGAUCGCGCCUCGCUUUUUCUGGUUGACUCAAAGAAUAAGCAGAUUUACGCGCGGAUUUUCGACGUCGGCACCGGCAGCGAGGAGCACGCGAAAGUCAACGAGGACGGCCAACGCGAGAUACGAUUUGACAUUAGUAAGGGGAUUGCGGGCUAUGUUGCAUCAACCGGCGAAGGGUUGAAUAUCGAGGACGCUUAUGAGGACGAGCGAUUCAAUGCAGAAGUUGAUUCGAAGACCGGCUACACCACCAAAACGAUACUGUGUAUGCCGAUAUUGAUUCGAGGAACGGUAAUCGGUGUUGUUCAAAUGGUCAAUAAACAUCAAGGAGUGUUCACGAAAGAGGAUGAAGACGCGUUCGAGGUAUUCGCGGUUUAUUGCGGAUUAGCGCUCCACCAUGCGAAACUAUAUGAUAAGAUUCGAAGAAGCGAGCAGAAAUAUCGAGUCGCCCUAGAAGUUCUUGCUUAUCAUAGUGUAUGCAAUUCGGACGAAGUGAACAAAUUGAAGAAAAUUGAGAUCAAUGAACGGAUCACCGAACUCGAGACAAUUGAUUUCAACGGAAUGCGAUUGUCGGAACUUGAGAAGCCGUUGUAUGCUGUGUACAUGUUUCGGACCAUGUUUGGGAAAUGGCUGCGGUACGACAAUGAUGAUCUUAUCCGAUUUGUGCUCACCGUACGCAAAAACUAUCGCCGAGUUGCCUACCAUAAUUGGGCUCAUGGCUGGUCUGUGGCUCACGCGAUGUUCGCCACUCUUGUUAACAAUCCGGAAUUGUUCUCCAAACUUGAGGCACUCGCUUUAUAUGUCUCAUGCCUUUGCCAUGAUUUGGACCAUCGCGGUAAGAAUAAUGCGUAUAUGAAGACAAUGAGCACUCCGCUGGCGGCGAUCUACUCGACGUCUGUCAUGGAGAGGCACCAUUUUAAUCAGACAGUCACCAUUCUUCAACAGGAUGGGCAUAAUAUUUUGAAGUCCCUCACUUCUGAAGAAUACAAAAGGACGUUGAGUUUGAUAAAACAUUGCAUUCUCGCCACAGAUCUCACAUUAUUCUUCUCAAACAAGGCGAAAUUGAAUGUGCUUUUGGAGGAGAAUAAGUUUGAUAUUCAAAUACCAGAGCACAGACUUUUAUCGCAAGCAGUUCUAAUGACUGGAUGUGAUUUGGUGGCCUCCGCGAAACCUUGGAAUAUUCAGACGGAAACUGUUAAAGUGAUUUUCGAGGAAUUUUACGAUCAGGGUGAUGCUGAACGCAUUGGUGGAAAAGAGCCUAUUGCGAUGAUGGAUCGAACAAAAGCGCAUAUGCUGCCCCAAAUGCAGGUUGGCUUCAUGCGCGGAAUCUGUAUGCCCUGUUACGAGCUCAUCGCUAAAAUAUUUCCAAAAGCGCAAAAAAUGCGAGACCGCUGCGAAUAUAAUGCGAAGAAAUGGGAGGAACUCGCCGAAGAGCAGAAGAAAAAGGAUCUCGAGAAACAGGAAGAAGAGAAGCAAAAUUAA